CGACACUCGUUGACGGGAAUUUUAUGUCACGUGACCCGGAUGAGCAACACUUGGCCCCGCGGUAUUACGGGAAAGAAGAAAACCUAUGUUUUUCCUAUAUUUACAUGUCAUAUUUUGCCUAUUAAGUUAAAAAGCCAUGGACGUGUUGGAGGAAGUCGUCGUGGGGACCGACGUGAGCAAGACUAACUUAGUGAUCAAUUCUGAACCUUCUGAGACACCCAUGAUGAAAUUCCCGGAAGCCCAUGAGGAUUUGUGUUGCCAUCAAUGUCUCAUCACCUUUGUCAGCCAAAAGUCCAAACAGAACCACAUGAGGAGGACUCACCCGGAUCUGUACACAUCACAGCUAGUGGAGAAACACACGCUGUGGUCAUGUUACAAUUGCAAUGGGAUUUUUCAUUCGCCCGAGGAACUUGCCAUCCACAGGGAGGCCCACCACCAGGGUGAAAACAGGCCUGUCUGCCCCUCCUGCAGCAAAGUGUUUUCCAAUUUCAGUCGGCUCUACCGACACGAGCUCCUGGGCUGCGGCGGCGAGUGGCACUGUCGGGAAUGCGACGUGCACUGCCACCUCCUCCUGGAAUUUCACAAACACUGCAUCCAAGAGCACGACUGCGACGUGGUGGGUGGGGGCCAAAGCGGCGGACGCCGAUGCGCCGUCUGCAGGCGCACCUUCCGUAACGACGAGGCGCUGAGGAAACAUCAAGAGAGGGUGGAGAAUGCUAGAGUGAAGCCUGACGGUGAACCCCAAAGCGAAGCACCGACCAAGAGGAGGAGGAUUGAGGAAGAUGAUAGGGAAAGACAAGAGGAGCAGGAGAAGGAGGAAAAAGAGGAGCUGAAGAUCCCAUGUCCCAAAGAAGACUGUAAUCAAGUGUUCCCAACCCUCGAAGCCCUCAGGGCACACAAGAAGUGUCAUCAUCUGUCGCCUUCGUCUCGCAAAAAGCAGUGACUGCGCCUGAAAUUCCAGUCCGUACAUAGUUUGUUUUUAAUGCUUCAUUGCCAUUCAUAGUUCACCUGACGGCAAACUUUAUUAGAUGGAGCUUUGCAAGGCAAAGACCCAUUAAAAAGAAUGUUUUUUUUUUUUUUUUUUUUUUUUUUUUUUUUUUUUUUUAAAUGGCGUUUCUUCGGCACGCUGCACGGGCCAACCCGUUUGACUGACUGUCACCGCUCAAAUGUCAAUUUGACCGGAAUUUUCACGCGAAGCAGGGAAUUUUUGGAACUACCCCCAAAAAUGUUCCGGUCGCCAAUAAACGUGUUUGUUUUUUUUGUUUUUUUUUUCAAAACUCAACUUGUCCGACAAUUUUUGACCAAAUCGUGUAAUUUACACAUCAAAAAUUUCAGGACGGUAAGGGGCAUAAAAGUUUACAGAAUUUGGCAACAAUGUACAUUUCCCCCAAAAUUCGCCAAAAACUGCCCCAUUCAUUUGUAACGGGAUGCCAUUGACAGCCAUGUACGUCCAAAUUUCCCAUUCAUUUUCAAUGGCAGGAAAACAUAGGUUCUUGUGAGUUUUGACCAGUUAACAUUACAGACCGUUGACAUUUUGUGACCUGAUGUCAACAGGACGUGUACCCGAAAUGUCCCAAAAUCAACAGGAAGUCUCUGCAAAAUUUCCCCAAAUCAAAAACAGGUAGUGACCUGAUAGAUGUGUGUCUAACACGAUAUGGCCCCAUCGGAAUUUCUCCAGAAAUUUCCGUUUCUAGUUAUUUAUUAGCAUUGUUUAAUUGAACAUUUGUGAAACUAUUUUUGAAGAGAUUUGAUGGAUCAGCACAUUUAGUUGAAUAAAAAGCAAUUAUUUGAUUUAUAGAACAGCUAUUCAUUUAUAUUAUUAAAGUGUUUUCCAUGAAAUUUUUUAUUUGAAUAUUUUUGAGUGUGUGAAAUUUGUUGGCAUAAAU